AUGAUUUUAUAUUUACGCCAAACAUCAAUAUUACAUAACAUGGUUAGAAAAUUUUGUAAUUUUUCAAUAAAGAAGAACAAAGAAUUUGAUAAAUUUUGGAAUUAUUUGAUGGAAAAUUAUAAGAAUAUAUUAGUAGAAUAUAAUAAUAGCACAUCCAAAGAAAUGUGGAAAAAUUUAAGAAAUUAUAUUGAAUCAGAAUGUAAUUCCUUUCAAAUUACUGAUUCUUUUAUUUUGAAUAUGUUCUAUUAUAAGAAUCAUCCACAUCUUGGAAUAUAUUAUUAUAAAUUUUUAGAAGAUAAUAAUUAUAAUCCUACAGGACAUACCAUAACAGAAUAUUUGAAAUUAUAUCAUCUAAAAAGUGAUUUAAUUACAGAAAUAGAUAAAAAACAUAUUUUAAGUUUAUACGAUAAUCUUAUGAUUCAAUAUAGUUCAUUUAAUACAAGAAUAAGUAAUAUUCUUGUUGAAAGCUUAUGUAAAAUAGACGAAUGGAAGAAAGCUAUUAAAGUUAUAGAAAAAUAUGAAGCAAAUGAUAAUAAUUUGCUUCACCAUGCAUAUAAUGAAUUAAUUGCAUAUUUAUUUGAUCAUAAAGAAGAUAAAUUAGCAUAUGAAUAUUUAAUUAAUACUAUGAAAAAAGAUGCAGGACCUAAUGAAGAUAUAUGUAUUACAUAUUUAAAAUAUUGUUUAAAAGAUAAACAUACAUUUAUUGAAAAAAUUGAGAAAAUAUUCACAUUAUGGAAUAAAUAUGGUGUUAAACCUUCUCACAAUGUUGUAUCAGAAUAUAUGACAGCAUGUAUCGAACAUGGUUGUUUUGUUACUCAAACAACAAUAUCAAAUUUAAUAUGCAAAAACUGUAAACAAAAAAUAUCAGAAAUAAAUAUAUCUGAUGAAGAUUAUAAAUAUUUAUUGGAAGCUAUACAAAAAUUUUUUAAACCUACUAUGUAUUAUUUAAUUUUGCCAGAAGAAAUAAAAAAAUAUAAAAUGUUUGUCGAAAAAAAUAAACCAUUUGAUGUUAUUAUUGAUGGAUUAAAUAUUAUUUAUGUUAUGCGAAAUGAUUUAAAAUUUAAGCGUAAGAUCAUAGAAUUCAUUAAAUCUUGCGAAAAACAGAAUAAAAAAAUUCUGAUCAUUGGAAGAAGACAUGCGAAGAAUUUUUUCGAAAGAUUACAUAUAAACAUAAAAAAUUGUUUCUUUGUUAACAAUUCGUCACAUGAUGAUUUAUUCAUAUUAUAUGCAGCAUUUUUAAGUGGAAAAAAUGUUAUAGUUAUUACUAGGGAUUUAAUGCGUCAAUAUAAAUUUGCUAUUCAAAAUACUGAACUAAAUAUUAUCUUUAAUAAAUGGCAAUUUUUGCAUCAAUAUUAUUUUGAUAGAAAUAAGGGUUUAAUAAAAUUAAAUUCAAAAACACAAAUUGAUGCAUUUGUUCAAAAACAAAACAAUUGUUGGCAUAUACCAUAUGUUACUGGUUUUUCAUGUCGAAAAAGACAUACAUCUUUGAAUGAUUGGGUUUGUUUGAACAUGCAUAAAUAA